CCGCCGGAGAUUGACGUAGGGGGCGGGGCUCGCCGGAGCGUCCGGGAGAGGCGGACUGGGGGGCGGCGGGCGGCCGGGCUAUGGACCGCUACGCGGGCGCCGGGGACGAGGCUGCGGACCGGGCCAGGCAGCAGGAGCGGCACUACCAGCUGCUGUCAGCGCUGCAGAGCCUGGUCAAGGAACUGCCCAGCUCCUUUCAGCAGCGCCUGUCCUACACCACGCUCAGCGACUUGGCCCUGGCACUGCUCGACGGCACUGUGUUCGAGAUCGUGCAGGGGCUUCUGGAGAUCCAGCACCUCACCGAGAAGAGCCUGUAUAACCAGCGACUGCGGCUGCAGAACGAACACCGAGUGCUCAGGCAGGCUCUGAGGCAGAAGCAUCUGGAAGCCCAGCAGACCUGCCGGCCCCACAACUUGCCAGUUCUCCAGGCAGCUCAGCAGCGCGAGCUGGAGGAGCCACCCUCACUCAAGACAUGGCAGGCCAUGGAGCAUCGAAUCCGGGAGGAGCAGCAGGCCAUGGACCGCAAGAUUGUCCUGGAACUGGACCGGAAGGUUGCUGACCAGCAGAGCACACUGGAGAAGGCAGGGGUAGCUGGUUUCUACGUGACCACGAAUCCUCAGGAGCUGACGCUGCAGAUGAACCUGUUGGAACUCAUCAGGAAGCUGCAGCAGAGGGACUGCCAGCUGUCAACAGGUCUGUCUUGGUGAGGAGACGCUGGUUAGAUGCUGGCUGCACCUGCAGCUGUCCUCGGUCCAGAUUUGGAGGAGGGGUCCAAGCAACAGGAAUGGUAUCGCGAGGUCCCAUGACUGAAUGUUGAGCCUUCCCCUCUGGGCAUACCCACAUUCCCUCCAGGCUUGGCUUUUGCUUGUUCUGGUGUGGCCCCAGCUCUGGGUAGAAGCUCCGGAGCCCAAGUCGUGUGUGGCCUAAAAAAAUAAAGACUCCAGCACAUG